UGGGAGAUAUAGUAAUUGGAGAGUUGAUUAGCCAAUUGAGAACAAAAUGCCUUCACUGCUAAACCUGUUUUGACGAUCUGGUGUGUGUCCGUAUCUAGGGUCAUUUUGACAAAAAUCUCUCCGGAGAGCAGGAGGAGCUCUGUCCACUGGGCAGCGAGGACUGACUCACUGUCGUACUAAUCUAGGAUACUGACAGCUCUAUUCUCUACACUGACUUUACCCAGCUAAGUGUUUUCAAGAUUACUUAAAGGGAUGAUCUGUGGUGCAGCAGUUUAACUAAGUUCACGAGGCAUUCAUAAGUUAUUAUUUAAAACAAUCAAUGGCUAUUUGAUUCAAAUGCUUGUACCAAUUGCAGAUUGACCCUUUUAAUUGUGACUGAUACAGUGGCACACACUGCAGCUAAUUACUGGGAGAGAAUUCAAAGACAAGUGCCAAGGGAGGGACAGGCUGAGCUGUUAUCUACCCUUAACACACUCCCUUCACACACAGCCUGCCCACAGCAUGACGACAUGGCACACAGAGGCUGCAUCAUAUUCGUUGGGGGUGUCCACGCAUGCGCACCACUCUCCCUACGCACUCGCGCUCAACCGGUGUCGGGAGAAGCUCGUGUCAGUUCUACGGGUAGGUCCGUGGGAGAGGUCUGCUCUGUGUACACUGGCAAAGGAUCCGUUUCCUCUCCUGCUAUACCGAACUCCAUUCUCCGGUUUGACUAGGAAUAUAUCUGCGUGUGCAUGCUCCGUUUUUAACGCAGUUGGGAUGCAUGUGCUGAGCAGAAUCUCUCCAGCCAAUGAGAAAAGAGUUUCCAGGAAGUGGAUGCGGUUGAAGUUAUGUCUCUACCCCCUGCCUCUACCAUUCCCGUCCCUGAUGGCAACAAGACAGGACCUCCUCUCCCUCCUCCUCCUCCUCCUCCCCCGCCCCCUCCACCCGGUGCGGUCGACCCCAUAGGAGGGAUAAAGAAGAGGCGGGUCCGGAGUUUCUUCUGGAAACCCAUACCUGAAGACCAGGUGAAAGGGCGGACCAACCUGUGGACACAGCUUCCUGUGCAGCAGCAGCAGUACUACAUAGACGUCCAGACCAUCGAGGAGCUGUUUAGUCAGACGGACUGUCAAUCAUCUGGGGUUACCUCUGUGACUAGGGGGGGGAAGGCCCGAGGCUCCCUCAGAGAGACCAAAGAUGAGAUCAGUAUCCUGGACUGGAAGAGAGGGAUGAAUGUGGGAAUUUACCUCAAACAGUUCAAGAA